AUGUCCUACCUCCCAGGCCUCCUAACCCUCCACCACUCCCUUAACCACCCUUCCCCAGACCAAACCUCACAACCCCCCGCAGACCAAGGAACAAAAUACCCAUUCGUAGCCUUCUACACCUCAACCUUCCCAGCAGAAGGUCUCAAAGUCCUCCAAAGCCGCAACAUCCCAUCCCAAUGGGUGCCCUCAGUAACACCCGCCAGUACACGCAGUUACGAUAAAGACCCGCGCUUCCUCGAAACAUGGAACAAGCUAGUCGUCUUCUCCCUCGAGCAAUACGAGCGCAUCGUCCUUCUCGACGGUGACAUCCUAGUCCGCCGGAACAUGGACUCCCUAAUGGAAUUACCGCUUGACGAACCCGAAGCCAACGGGAGCCGCGUGUUUGCGGCCGCGCAUGCUUGCGCCUGUAAUCCCAUGAAGAAGUCCCAUUACCCCGCUAAUUGGUCUAACGUGUCUCACACCAGGGUCCCCUCGAACUGCGCAUACACGACGCAACACUCCACGCCCGACGAGGCACAAAGCGUUGCGCCACCGCCAGACUCCGGGGUUGGGAUGUUGAAUAGCGGAGUGUUGGUCGUGAGGCCUUCUGCGCGGGUGUAUGGCGAGAUCACGGCUGCGUUGCAGGAGACGGAGCGGAUUGCGCGAUAUGUCUUCCCUGAUCAGGAUUUGUUGUCUGAUGUUUUUGCGGGACGAUGGGUUGCGCUGCCUUAUGUUUAUAAUGGGCUUAAGACGUUGCGCAUUGGGGGUGUGCACGAUUGCAUUUGGAGGGAUAGUGAGGUUCGGGCGGUGCAUUAUAUCUUUGCUACGAAACCUUGGCAUGAGGAGGUGGAAGAGGGGGAUCUGUCUGGGUUGGAUGAGACGGGAACUUGGUGGUGGAGGGCUAAUUGGGAGAGAAUGAGGCUUGAGAGGGAGGUUGGUGUUUUGGAUAAGUUUUCUGGGUCUUGA